UCUCUGCGAUCCGUGCGUUCCCUCCGCGGCUUCACUCCUCUCACUUGAUCGUCCCUCUCGGUGUUUCAGCGAAGGGGCUGCACGCGCGAUCGCGCUAUUGAUACCCCCCGCUUUGCGCUGUGUUCGAGGAAAGUCACUCUCUCUCUCUCUCUCUCUCCCCCCUCGCUCUCUCCGUCCUCCUCUCUGGCUGCGCUUUGGUAACCUAACGGGGAGGUGUUAACUACUUUUUUUCGCUUCCACAAAGCGCCUCCCGUUAUCUCCGGUGCUGCUGCGCGAGAGCCAGAGGUUGCCACUGUUACUGAUAUUCCCACUCCGCGGAAAAGUUUUCGGUUUGUUGUGAGGAUAAAAAAAAAGAAAGAAGAAGAAGAAGGAGCCGGAAACGUGGAGUCGUCUGCAAGAAGAAGCGGAUCCUGCCACGGCGAGUUUGGGGACCACAUGAAGAUGAGGAACCAGAUCUGACGACCUACGGAUGUCCACCCCUUCUCCACGACCGUUCGGCUGAGGCAACACAUCCAACAGACUCUCCAAGAGGGAGGCUUUUACUGCUUUUUAACUAGGAGGAACAACUUAACCUUGACCAUUUAUUGUAUUUAUCAUCAGGACUGAAGUCGUCCAAACUGUCAAGUCUGUGAAGGACUGAAUAUACCCAACAGCACUUACCUGGCCCGGAGUGAUCUGGACUGAACUGAGCUCAAGUGAAUUUGGCUGGAGACAGAUUAACUCACUUUAACGCCACUAAAGAGAAAUGAACUGAAUUCAAACUAGCCUGACGUUGGCUGAUUUCUUCAAGAAUACUCUCCUUUGUCACAAACUGCUCUUUUCAGAGCCCCUUCCUUCUUAAAGCCAAAUCCCUCAAGUCUCCAACCCAGAUUCACGCACUUCCUGAGACCCCUUUCAAGGGCCUUGGACAUUGUCUCAAAUUUGAUCGAGGAGGAAUCAUCUCCUCCUCUCCCCUAAAAUCCUAACGAGCUCUUUCUUCCGCCCAGACAUGGAUCUCCACAGGGCAGCCUUCAAGAUGGAGAGCUCCUCCUACCUGCCCAAUCCCUUAGCCUCCCCGGCCCUCAUGGUCUUGGCCUCCACUGCUGAAGCCUCUCGUGACGCCUCAAUUCCCUGCCAGCAGCCACGUCCAUUUGGCGUCCCCGUGUCCGUUGAGAAAGACGUACAUUUGCCAUUUAACAACGGUUCUUACACUUUUGCAUCAAUGUACCACCGCCAAGGCGGAGUACCACCAGGAUUCCCCAACAGGGACUUUCCUCCGUCCCUCCUCCACCUCCAUCAUCAGUUUGCCCCACCUAACCUGGACUGCUCGCCGAUCAGCAUGCUGAAUCACAGCGGCGUCGGCGCCUUCAGGCCUUUUGCCUCACCUCCGGACGAUCGGGACGGAGUGCCAUGCGGGUAUCAGUCUGCUUUCACCCCGGCCAAGCGCCUCAAAGGCUGCCUGGAUGCAGAUGCCUCACCCCACCUGCGGUACUCCGAUGCGGAGGGGAAAGAGUAUGACUUUGGCGGUUCUCAGAUCCCUCCUGGAAGUUCGCCUAGCAGCGCCUUGAAAGCAGUGGAGGACAGCGGGAAAAAGAUCUUCGCGGUGUCAGGCCUCCUGUCGGAUCGAGAGACUUCCUCCAGCCCAGAAGACCGCAUUGAGCGCUUCUCUCCUGUUUAUGAAGGUAAAUUUAUAGGUCUACCAGGAGCUGUUAGCUGGAGGUGGCCUCCGCCGCUCAAACCACAACAAGGCUUCGUCCUCCACAUGGAACAGAAACGGCAUAGUGGGCACACUGGGUUAUUUCCAUCAGCGCGCAUUACACACGACGGUAAAAAGAAGAUGUCCCUCUAUGACAGCCAGGCCCCAAUCUGUCCCAUCUGCCAGGUGCUGCUGAGGCCCGGAGAGCUACAGGAACACAUGGAGACGGAGAUAGAGAGGCUAGCCGCCGUAUGCUUCAGUAAGAACCUUUCACCCAAGGAUGGAGCAGCCACUCCAGGAACCCCGAAGUCAAUGCUGUUGUCGGUGCACAUCAAGCGUGAGGGAGAGUCUCCCGUGGUCUCGCCGAUGUCCUCCGAAGACGCCCACCACUCCGACAGAUACCAGACAUUUUUACGAGUUCGAGCAAACAGGCAAACGAGAUUGAAUGCCCGUAUAGGAAAGAUGAAGAGGAGGAAGCCUGAGGAUGGGGGCCAGGUAUGUCCGCUGUGCAGCGCCCCAUUGGCUGGGAGCGAGGAGGAGAUGAGUAGACAUGUGGAACAAUGCCUGAUCCAGCGUGAGGGAGCGCUAGCCGACGACGACUCUGCAGACAUGGAUGGAGAGAAUGGGCGGGGCUUUGAGGAGUACGAGUGGGCGGGGCAGAAGAGGAUCAGAGCGACGGCUCUGCUGGAGGGAGGCUUCAGAGGAACAGGUUUUGCCACGUGUAGCAUCAAGGAGAGCGCGGCAGACAGCGACGCCGACCUGGACGUGGACGGAGACGACACCCUGGAGUACGGCAAGGCCCAGUACACAGAGGCCGACAUCAUCCCGUGCUCCGGAGCCGGGGAGGACCAGGGCGAGGCCCGGGAGAGGGAGGCGCUACGGGGAGCCGUGCUCAACGGUGGGAUGCCCUCCAACAGAAUAACGCCCGAGUUCUCCAAAUGGGCCAGCGACGAGAUGCCUUCAACGAGCAACGGCGAAAGCAGCAGCAAGACGGACCCCAGCACCCCUUCAUCAUCCUCCUCCUGCUCCUCCUCCUGCGCCCCACGCACCUGUAAAAACAGCGAGAUCGAAAAGGUGACGGAGGAGGAGUCCACGGCAACCACCAUGGAUGCUCUGAAGGCCCGAAUCAGAGAGCUGGAGAGGCAGAUACUGAGAGGAGACCGAUACAAGUGUCUCAUCUGCAUGAGGAAGCCUGCAAUCCAGUCAGGCGCAGAGAUCAAGAGCCUAGGGGUGUGGCCAGGGCCCCGGCCACUGGCCAAUAAGGUCGGAGAGAGGCAGCCUAAGUCCCUCCCCCUCGGCCUGUACUGCCUGUACAGGGGCCUUGUGAUCGGUGGCUACGGCAGCGGCAUAAAGAGGCUCCUCCCGCAGCCCUUACGGAGGGACUCCUACACGAUGCCGCUCACCUCCAUCCAGUGCUGGCACGUCCACUGCGAAGAAUGCUGGCUCAGGACUCUGGGGAACAAGAAGCUGUGCCCGCAGUGCAACACCAUCACCUCACCCGGAGACCUGCGGCGCGUCUACUUGUAAAAGAGCACACGUACACACACACACACA